AUGGCCUGGGACCGCAUCUCAACAGAGAGCGCCGAGAUUGUGGCGUCUGGAAAGGAUUUUCACACGCGCAUUCAGCCGUCGGCGGCCUGGCACGAGGGAAUUGAUGCUUAUCUCGCACAGAUCGAUUUCUUCCACCAGAACGACUGCCUCAAUGUUUUGCGCGAAAACCACUUCCGCGAUCAUUACUUCUCGGCCACGCAGUUCACGUCCAAGAUCCAUGGCGCUUACACGGCCCAAUGCAUUCACAUGCUUCUGCAGGCGCUCAAGGCGGAGACACAACAGACUUUACAACCAACCGCCGUAUUUCCUGACUAUCUCCAGGGCGAGUGCUCGUAUCCGGACAUUGUCAUCGGAAAUGGCCACAGCACAAGCAGCUGCAAGUGCAGCAACAUGGACGAGGAAGACGAGCCCCGCUGGACGGAUCUGCAGCUUGCCGCCAAGGACGGCGACAUCGCUCUGCAGGCUGCUUAUCUGCUUCUGGCUCCUCUGGCCGUGGUCCGGGCACUGCUCGAGGCCGGAGCCGACGUCAACGCGCCGGUCAGCCGUCACAAGGGCUUCACUGCACUGCAGGCAGCGUGUAUUGCCGAUACUAAAAGCAACAGCAUCACCUACACAAGCCAUCCCCUCGUCGAGCUGCUGCUCACUGCUGGUGCCAAUACUGACGCGCCUGGAAGCAGAUAUCUCGGCGCCAGUGCGCUCCAUGCGGCCGCCCACAUGGGCCAUGCCGACAUUGUGCAGUACCUACUCUCUGCAGGCACCAGCGUCAACUUGGUUGCAGGUCCCUCCCAACAAACACCGCUGCAAACAGCCCUAUUCAAUGACCAUUCUCACGAUCUCUCCUGGGAAGAAUGCCAAUCUGUCGUAAAAUGGCUGCAGGGCAUAGACUCGGGACUUGACUGGACGCCCCUCGACAACUACACUUCCAGGUCCAACGUCAUCCUCGUAACACAGCCGCUGCGACCAAAUAAAUCUGACGCACUCGCCUUUUUGGACAAUCAGCAGCCACCACCGCCUCGAUUUGCCCGAGUGUCCAUCAAGAUGAACGCGCUCGACACACCGGUGAUAGAAGGCUCGCUUCGAAACACUAUCGUACCGCAUCGUUCCGGUUAUGCCGCCCAUCUACCUCACAGUUCGAAAUUCCACCCUUCCACCGUGCUGCAGCGUGCUGCCGCCUGGGUGGACGCGCUAGAAAGACUCAGAGCCGCACUCGUCUAUUUCAGCCAACGCCCUCGACCUGGCCAAUCGCUCGUCGAUUUUUGCCAGCUCGUCAACGGCGAGUCCAUCUCCCAGGGCGACGACCUCGUCCUAUGGCUCAAUCUGGGCAUGCAUCACGGGCUGCACCUCGGAGACCUGCCGAACACUCUAACCACGACCGGCUCCAGAGCCAUCCGGUUUGUUCCAUACAACUACCUUGCACGCGACCGUGCACGUGGUCUUGCAACCGGCGUGCAUCUGCAGCACGCCGGCCAAGGCGGGGUCGACGAUGUUUGGGCCGUGACCCCGCUAGGAGCCGGACAGGGGUCGGUGGAACGGUUGGACUUUUCGGCGGGCCGUUAG